CGUACUUCACUAGGAAAUGGCCAAGUGUUUUGUGAGAUUUGUGUAAACACUAUUGAUGCGCGCUCGGCAUUCACCGAAGGAAAGCACCAGAUCGGAUUCUCUGCCAAACGAGCAGCAUCUAAAUCACGAACCACAGACUUUAUUCGCCACUUAAGCGACUAGAAUGUCCGCAUCGGUGGAUAUCCACGCGCAGCUGGCGUCGAUCCUCGAGCGCUUCGCCAAACGCGCGCUGCUGGAGAUGAGCCGCGCGGUGGAGCAGGAGAUGACGCGCCGCCAGAUGGAGACGGAGACGCUGCUGGUCAAGCUUCAGUUCACCGAGAGCGAGCUGCGAUCGGCGCGACAGAGCCAAGCGAACCUGCGCUCCGUGGGAAUACAAGUCAACAACAGCGGACAGAGAGAGGUGAACCUCAACCUUGUAAAGUUCAAUGAAAAUCAUGACGGAGAAGCACAGACAGAGACGUACACAGACGAUUCUUCAGCACAGACAUUUGCACUAAAUGAAGAUGGAAUCAAAUCCAUUCAGAUCAAAGAGGAGCACAUGGAGGACGGACGGUGGGACAGCGGACCGAUAUCUCCUGCUCUUUGCCUGUUGGGUCCAGAGAUGGAAGACCAGGACAGUUUCAGUGCAGGAACAACAGGACCAGCUAGAGAAGCAGGAAGUGAUUUCAUCCUGACGAGUAAAAUGAAGCCCAGCGGAUUGUGGAAUUCACCCGUCUCUGAGGAAUAUCCCAUGAACGCCGAAGCCCAGAGUUUGGACGCGUCUCCUCUGGAAUCAGGCGAGCGAUAUGAAAUCCGUCGGCCGGAUCCGAGCGCGCAGCACCACGUGGAGGAAGCGUACAGAACGGGCGAGCGUGCGAAUCCAUCAGCGGCGGAGAGGAGCUCACGCUGCCCUCAGUGCGGAAAGACCUUCACCACGCGCUUCUACCUGAAGAUCCACCAGCGCAUCCACACCGGAGAGAGACCCUACACCUGCCCGCAGUGCGGAAAAGGCUUCUACUGUAACUCACACCUGAUCUCACACCAGCGCUCGCACACCGGAGAGAAACCCUACAGCUGCGAGGAGUGCGGCAAGUCCUACUCGCACUUAAACUCACUCAAACUACACCAGCGCAGCCACACCGAAGAAGAGGCGUAUGCGUACUGGUGAUUCAUGAAAUGCCACGACUUCGUUUGACAAUUCGUCACAUAUUUUGUAUGAUAAAUUAUAAAACAACAUUGCUUUGUUUUAUAUACUGCCUUUUUUUGAGUAGCUGGUCAACAGAGUACUUUUAUA